UUGUCUUUUGCUUUUCUAGCAGUAGGCUUUUAAUCUUUUAGUUUAUUGAGGUAAUGGCUGAGCAUUUGUUAUGCCAGUGGUUCGUUAAAGUAUUAGAUGUGCUAUCGGGACAAUACAGUGGUAGUAGUUUUAAGUUUAAUUUAAAAACAGUUAAAGUGAACUUUAGACUCCAAUAUGUUGUUAAAGUAUUCUCAAGCUCAGAAGAGAAUAAAGACGACGGGUAUUGGGAAGCCCCAAAGAACAGCCGGUGGAAUGGUCAGACUAGGCUCUGCACUCAUGCCUGGCAAGAUUCAUCGUAGAGUGGUCAAAGUUGCCAACAAGAGGCCGGGAGCUUUACACAGGACAGCUGCUGCCCCCGUGAAGCGAGAGCGGAUUCCUGUGGAUCCUUGUGAGAAUUCUAACGACUCUGGUCUUGGAUUCGACCACCACCUUGACUACCCCCACCAAUCUUCACUGGUCUCACAUUCAGGGAUAGAGACAAGCUGGCCGGGAGAAGAGCCGCCAGAAGUGAAAAGACGAAGGCUGGAGAUCAAGCUGGAAUCAGAUGACGCCAACGACAACUUCACCUUCCAGGAGGCGGUGCGGCAGCAGACCAUCUGUGUGCCAGUGCGCAGACUGGGUCGUCCUGCUGCUCCUCUCACACUCAGCUCUCAGCUGCUGAGUACCUCUCACAAUGGGAUGGUGCAGCUGCUGAUCAUAUGUCAGCCGGAGCAGCAGCACCGCGCCAGGUACCAGACUGAGGGCAGCCGUGGCGCUGUCAAGGACCGCACUGGCAACGGUUUCCCGGUGGUUAAGUUGGUAGGCUACGACCGACCGUCCACUCUCCAGGUGUUUAUAGGCACAGACCAGGGUAAAGUGGCUCCCCACAUGUUCUACCAGGCGUGUAGAGUCUCAGGGAAAAACUCCACUCCUUGUGUGGAGAAGAAGAUUGACGGAACUAUUGUCAUAGAAGUGGACAUUGAGCCUUCCAAAGAUAUGGUUGUCACGUGUGACUGUGUGGGUAUCCUGAAGGAGCGCAAUGUGGACGUGGAACACAGGUUCCCUGAGGAAGGAUCUGGACGCAGCAAGAAGAAGUCCACGAGGUGUCGGAUGGUGUUCCGGACAACCAUUACACACCCUGAUGGAACAUCGGAGACACUACAGGUCACCUCCCAGCCUAUAGUCUGCACUCAACCGCCCGGUGUGCCAGAGAUCUGUAAAAAGUCGCUGUCGUCAUGUGGCGCCCGUGGAGGUCAGGAAUUGUUCAUCCUGGGCAAGAACUUCCUGAAGGACACUCGGGUGGUUUUCCAAGAAGAAUCUGGCAGUCCUGGGUGGGUCCAGGCAGUACAACCGGAUAAGGAGUUUCUACAACAGUCCCACCUGGUGUGUGUGGUGCCGCCAUAUCACACAGUGGACAUCUCAGAGCCAGUGACUGUGAAGCUUGUGGUAGAGUCUAGUGGCAAAGCUAGUGAGGCGCACCCCUUCCUGUAUCUUCCAGAGGACAUGCGGCCAGGCGCAAGUACAGUUUUGACCCAGGAAGGAAACAUUCUCGACAGUUCUGUUUCCGCUCAAGUAAAGUUCCUGAAAGCGACUGGUGCUUAUAGAAGUCCUUUGCUCACCAGGAGGAGAUAUAGAAAUGGUAGCAGAACUGGAUUGUUCCCCUCCCCACUCCCUGUUGCUGCCCCCCUUAUCAUGGCUGCCGAGUCUGCCGCACCUUUCAUGACUGGCCAUAACUAUACAGGGAAAGAAGAAAAGGUGCACUCCAUGAUGAUGUGGAACAAGACUGCAGACGUGAUGAUGCCCCCUCCACCCCCUGGCUUGUUGCCCAUCAACAUGAGGAGAUCUUCAGUGCAGAUGAUUGUUCCGGAGCCACUAGCUCCUGAAGAUUUAAAACGAGAAGUCCCUGAAGCUGUGGUCGAGGUGAAGCCCUUAUCUGAUGUCUCAGAGCAUCCUAACACUCAGACAUCCUCUAUGGAAACUUUCAACCGAUAUGUGAGCAACGGCGCACUGCCAUCCAUUCAUGUUGGAAAUUACCUGUCUAAACUGGAAAGCAACAGCGUUAUCAGUGAAGUGCCCAAGAUAAUGAUUCCACCACCGGCACUUUUAAAAGAACCGAUGUUUUCUGGUGAAUCCUCAAACCUACUGACCACUGCUGAUCAAGUUAUAACCAACCAAAAUGCUGCAAUGGCGUUUGAAGCCAAUUCAGCAUCUGCAAGUUCAUCCAUGAGCCAGUCGUUGCCGAAUGGUAUGAGUGUCAUUGUAAAUUCAGCGCUAAUCUCUAAGAAAUCUCCAGAUUCUCUCAUCAGUCAAGAAGUUGAGUCUCACAAAGAAAUGUCUGCACCAAACAUGAGUGGUUUGAAUAUUAUAAUGUCCCCAGUCAAACGGACUCCCUCAGCCACAGAAAGACUUGAUGCCUUUGUCAAUUCUGCUGCAGACAGUCAUAUCAGCCCAACACCAACAUCUCCAAUCGCAAGCUCUGUAAUUGACGAAACCUCUAGAAUGAGUGUUGUCAGUGAAAUGGUUAUGAAUGGAACUAAUGACAUGAACAAUAUGCAGGACAGUCAUGUCACUUCAGAAAGUCAAACAGCCUCUCGAAUGAGUCCCCAACAAGAGAUUUCAAACAUGAAUGGAACCGCACUUUGUUCCCUAAUGGGUUCUUCUGGCCAAGUCUCGAGCAGUCCGAUCCAAACUUUAUCGAACAUGCAAAAUAACCUUGAACAACACAUAAACAACCAAAAUGGAAUUCAGUCAAACAUGUCUAAUUUGAUGCACUCUCCAACACAAGUUUCUCCAAAUCAGCUCCAACAAUAUUCUAAGAUGCAAUCACCGACAGACCAACAUUUGUCACCCCAAAGUUUAAGUACAUCCCAAAUUAGUGCUGCUGAAAUGAACAGCAUUAUGAGCUGCUCAAACCAAUCCUUGGCUGGAUUUCAAACACCUUUGGAACAUCAGAUAUCGCCACAUAUAUCAGUCAGCUCAUCUCAGAUGAACCACACAGAGUUCAAUAACUUGAUUCAGGAAUCCUCACAGGCUUCUACCACCCAGGCUCAACAGCUAACAAACAUCCAAUCUUCUCUCGAACAACAGUUGUCAUCCCAAACCAUGAACACCACUCAGAUGACUCACUGUGACUUGAACAAUCAGGUAAAUCUAAUGCAGUCCUCAACCUGUAAUUCACCAAAUCAAGCUCAGGUGAUGUCUAAUCUUCAAGCCUCUUUGGAACAAAUGACCAAUCAAGCUGCACCAUGUCGAAUACUUCAUUCUGAGCCGAUUCAGGCAAGCAACCUUGGAAUCAACAAUUUUUCCGGUUCAUUACAGUCAUCCCCGCACACCUCCCCGAACACAGUUGGGUCGCUUUCCAACAUUCAAGCCUCCUUGGAACAUCUAUCAUCUCAAGGAGUCAACACAGUUCAAAAUAACCUUGAGAUGACUGGUGGAAGCAUAACAAUGAACAAUUCAGUAACUGUUUCUCAAAUGCAAGCCGCUGUAAACCAGGCUCAAGUACUAUCUGAUUUUCAAGCUUCAAUGCAACAACAUCUUUCAUCACAGCUCUUGGAGUCAAGUGCAACUGAAUUGGACUCAAGUUCCAACACUUCAAACAGAGUUAACUCUUCUGUAGAAGCCUCUCUUGAAUCCAUAAACCAGGCUCAGAACAUGACUAACAUUCAAACAAAUUUUGGACAGGUCAGUCCCCAACAGCAUCUAAACUCAAUGACUGCUCAAUCCAUGUCUCUCAGCAACUCUCUGCAGACUUCUCCUCAGCAUCAUGUCGCAGUAUCUCAGUCUCAAGUAUUUUCCGAUAUGCAGACCUCUUAUAACCAACAGCUCAACGCUAACUUGGUAGGUUCAGCAGCCAUUUCUCAGUCUUCAACUCCUUUGGAAAAUCUCACAAACCCAAUCCAGUCCACUGAAUCGUCCAACCCAAUAAUCCAGUCUUCCAUCAACCAUAUUUCAUCGAGCUUGACAACUUCAAGUCCAAAUCAUGUUGAAUCGUUGUCUGGGAACAGUCUAUCCAUAAAUGACUCCCAAAUUAUUGACCUUAGGAAUUCAGUGCCUUUGAUGAACACUGUCUCAAAUGCUGGCUCUUCCGGGAGCCCCAACAUUUUGUCACCACAAAGUUCUCAUCACAGUCCAACCUCAGCUCUCACAUCUCCUGGAAUCUCCAUGAGUAGUACACCGACAAUGGCUUUGUCCCCAGUCAACAUGACGACAUCUCAAAUGAUAGAUGCGGGGGCCCAAAACAUGAUUUUGACCUCGACCCAAUCCAUGUUAACCCCAGAGCUUCCGAUGAACAAUCCACCUAGUCUUAUGUUGGCCUCGGGGAAUAUGCAGGUGCAGGAUUCCCAAAACAUCUCGUUACAGACGACCGCUUUGAGCAGAUUUGAUGGAGUCACUCAGAGUUUGCCGGUGCAGAUGUCAUCCAUGACACAGUAUGAACAGCGUGAUCAGAUGGUCAGUGCAAACAAGGAAGGAGAAAGGAAAGAUUCUCGAAUGUUCAUGAUGCCCUCUGGACAGGUCGCCAAUCAGCCACAAACAACAGGACAGCCAGUCAAAAAGUGUGAGGAAGGGAUGCCUUUUCCUCAGGAGCUCACUCAGAUGUCUGAACAUGACUUGAUCAGCUACAUCAACCCUAGCUGCUUUGACACAGUGUGAUGCUGGUGAUCAUCGUAAUGCUUGAUGCUGUCAGUGCAUCGUGAUGCCCAGUAUUCAAGACUGCACAAGACUGGUGCUAUGUUUACAUUGUGUGAACGAUAAUUAGCCUCCGUGAGGACUGUGCACAACGUAGUUGGUGCUUGUACAUUACAAAUUAGUUGUAAGGAUAGUCUAGUGUAGGUUUAGAUCAAAUCUAAAUCUUGUAUAUCUAUUGUAUUAUAUCAACAUUAUCUAGAUACAGGUACCGAAUCGCUGCCAUAUUUAAUCGAUCAAGCCUGUUUGUUGUUUAAACGUAAGCUUAACGUAUUUUUGUCUUUCACCAGCUAGUGUCAGUGUACAAGGUAUACUUUGAAAUAUUUUUAUCCGUUUUGUCUAUUGUUACAUUUGACAUUUUUUUAUAUAUUUUUAAGAAAUUGUGGACCUGAUAAGACAAUGAAUGAAACUUUCAGUCUUGGCUGUUUACUGAAUACGUUUGUGUAAGUAAAUUGCUUACUACUUGACUGGUUCAAGUGGAACUGUUGAAGAGUUCUACGUUUGAUCUGAAACCUGUGUUCCUCUUCUAAUGUUGCACUGUUAUCUGUAUCAACAUUUACAUUCUAGUCUGUGAUCGUGGUUAGGCUAUUCCCUGGGUGCCUCAAAGUGCCAGUGCUCAAAUCGUCAAGUGCUAAAUGAAAAUCAAAUUAAAGUGUUCCAUAAAGUUAUAUUUUCUUAUUAACAUUACCUAUUGACUGAUGUAUACGUAUGCUGAGUUUUGAAUCUGUGCUUAAAUUUGUUGUCUUAUUGUCAUCUUGGUCCAAAAUAUUUGUCGUUUGAAUAGUAAUGCUGUUAACUUUGUAGGUUUUGAAUUUUUUUUGUUCAAUUUCCCUUUUGUUUUGGUUUUUAAAAGUAAAAAAUUCAGUUUUGAACACUAUUUUAAGUUCACUAUAUCCUGUUUUAAUAGUACAAUUACAGAUCUCCAUACUCUUUUUAAGCUAAGUUUUAUUUGUAGUUUCAGAAAAUAAUUGAUAAUCAAUCAUACAUGAGUUUUGUUAAGUUUCAUUACAAUGAAAGUAUUUUUUUCUAGAACGUUUUAGAGCACUUUAUUAUUAUUUUUAAGUAGACUGAAAAUAAGCUUAAUUUUGUACAUAUUGCCUUCAUAGUUUAUCUAAUGUUGUUAUUAAAGGAAAAAUAUUUAUGUUAAUGGAAGCUAAUCUAAGUGUUGUUUUGUUUUAUAAUUUUGAUUAAUGAAGCAUUGUUUAAAGACAAUAAUGCUUUCUUUGUUGUGGUAGCACAUGUGUAAUAAAUGUGUUUAUUUUA